AUGGGUGAGGUGAAGCAGAGAAAAAAGCUGGUGAGAAUGAAGAGGACUUCAAUUGCUAGCAGAAAUUCGACAGAACUACAGAGGAAAGGUAGUGGAGGUAGACGGGAGCAGAGAAGCUGCGCAUGGGGCGAAAUUGGGGUUGUCAGCAAGAUCGGUGCCACAAGGGUCAAUAGCAAAAUCAAGUUCAAAUGGGAGCAUCUUGUGAAGAAAUCCUGGGAGGAGUCUGCAUUGUCUGGAUGGGCAGGCUUUGUUAUAAUGCAUAAACUAAAGAUGCUUCGAGUAGAUUUGAAGAAAUGGAAUAGAGAGGUUUUUGGGAAUGUGACUUCGGCAUUAAAGUUAGCAGAGGAGGAGCUUCAUGCCAUUGAUUUAGUGGCUGAGUCGAGAAAUCUUGAAGAGAAUGAGGUUCAAAGAAGAAGAGAAGUCAGAAAAGAAGUAUGGUCACUGGCUAAGCGAGAAGAAUGGAUGAGAUUUUCAGAGGAGUGGACAUCUAGGCCCAAGCUUAAAGGUCUCUUCAGAACCAUUGGGCAUGAUGAAGUUUCGGAUGGGUUAGUUGCACCAUUCUCUAAGGAGGAAAUAUGGAGGGCUGUGAAGGAAAGUGAUGGCAACAAGGCUCCAGGACCGGAUGGGUUUAACAUGGCCUGUUUUCAGAAGUGCUGGAAAGUGUUUAAAAAAGAAAUCCUACAGUUCUUCAACGAAUUCUAUGAUAAUGGGCGUCUAGCCAAAGGUAUUAAUAGCUCUUUCACAACAUUAAUUCCUAAGAAAGAUUGUCCGGAGGGUAUUUCGAAUUAUAGGCCUAUUAGCCUUGUUGGUUCCAUUUAUAAGAUCCUUUCAAAGGUUCUAGCAUCAAGGUUGAAAAAGGUGCUACAGAGGAUAAUUGGGGAUUCCCAAACUGCAUUCAUUGGGAGACGAAACAUUUUGGAUGGGGUGUUAAUAUCUAAUGAAAUUGUGGAUUGGUGGAAGAAGAAGAAGAAGCAGAAAGGGAUGAUUUUGAAAUUGGAUUUUGAAAAAGCUUUCAACUCAGUAAAUUGGGAGUGUUUGUUCGAAAUGCUGUCCAGCUUUGGUUUUCAAAACAAGUGGACAAGGUGGAUAAAGGAAUGUUUGCAAUCAUCUAGAGUUUCAAUCUUGGUGAAUGGCUCACCUACGGCUGAAUUCUGUCCAGAAAACGGACUCAGACAAGGGGAUCCACUAUCGCCGUUUCUCUUUAUCAUUGUGGCUGAAGGUCUUAAUAUGUUAUUUCAAAGGGCAAAAGAUUUGGGGCUAAUCAAUGGAGUUGUUAUAGGCACUAGGAGGAUCAAUGUAACCCACUUACAAUUCACGGAUGAUAUUAUUGUGUUUUACGAGGCUGAAGAGCAAGAAAUUCUUAAUGUUAAACGAAUUUUGAGAUGUUUCGAAGUGCUGUCUGGAUUAUGGAUUAAGUUCCAUAAAACUAAGUUGCUAGAUAGAAUCCAAGCCAGGUUCUUUUGGGGAGGCCUGGAAACAAAAAAGAAGCUUCAUAUGGUGCGUUGGGACGAAAUCACUAAAAAGAAAUGGUGUGGUGGUUUGGGUAUUAGAAGGCUGAGAGAUGUUAAUGAGUGUCUCUUAGCAAAAUGGUGGUGGAGAUAUGGUGGUGAGGAUCAAGCAUUGUGCAAAGAUGUUGUGACUAGCAAGUACAGCAGCUUUGGUGGGAGAUGGAGACCUUUUUUGGUGGAUGACAUUCAGUGUUCAAGAAUAUGGGGUGAUAUUCUUAGUUUAGAACACAUCAGUCCUAAUUUAUUUAACUUCUUUAUGGAGAAUUCUGUCAUCAAAGUUGCAAAUAGGAGGCGAAUUAGUUUUUGGGAGGAUCAUUGGGCAUCUAAUUGUAGUUUGAGGGUUGAGUUUCCCAGGUUUUUUGAGCUGUCAGAUGACAAAUAG